AUGAAGCAAUCUUCAUGGCGAUGGCCAUGUUUCCCGGUCCAGAUGUGGGCCAUGCUUUCCGUGGCUUCGGCCAUGAAAGUCAUGCAGGACUUGAAAACCAACGCGUCGGAAGCCGCGGUGGGGGCGCAUUCUGUGCACCUUUCACGUUCAGAGGACCACCUCAAUGGGUCUGAGAUGAUGUCUGUGCAGAAUGCUCUUGUGGCUCGCUCUUCCCGCUCGAAGACAUCUGGGGGUGAGAAUUUGGACACCGACCUCUCAAGCGUUGAUGAGGAGCUUGACGCCGUGGUGUCAGCAAAGUUUUUCGGAGCCAUUGCGGAUGGCUUCAGCGCCGUUGGCAACACGCUUGCAUCAGCAGGCAUGGCCAUAGGCAGCGCAGUCGGCAAUGCGGCCACGGUCGUCGGGAGGCAUGUCAUAAAAGCCGCAGAGACCAAGUUGGCAAGCUUGCCGGGGCCGAUCCAGCAUGUCGCGAACAGCAUUGGGAACGUAGCGGUCGGUGCCGUCCACGCAGCACGGGAUGUCGGGGAGAUGGUGGCGGAUACCACGAUUAGUCUUGCCGGAACGGUGCUUCACCAUGCCCAGAGAUUCGCGGAGGCAGGGGUAAGGUUGGCUGCGGGCUUUGCUUCGGCCGUCUGGAACGAGAUGGAGAAGUUCAUCAACUGUCUUCGCCAACAGUUCUCUCUGUGUUCGGUGUUGAUUGGGGACCAGUGCGACUGUCACGGUGGCAGCCAUGUCAAGAUCUCGACAGGGAGCUUUUCCAUGAGGUGUGUCUUCCAGGCAGCCGCCGACUUUUCCAAAGGCUUCGGGGUGCGAGCAGUUCCCAAGAAUGGAAUGGGCGGCGCAACCAUUGGAGGCAUGGCGAUAUUGCCUGGAGAUGACUUCGUGCAAGCCUACAAGGCGGCAGGUCAAGUCUUGAAAAGCCGCGAGGCAUUGAAAACCAAGACGACCUCAGGAACCACGAGCUCAUGUGAGACGGCUUUGAACGUUGCUCUGGAUGGCGUCGUCCAGUUUUCCCCAGAUGUGACCAUAACUGUCUAUACCAGCGGAACGACCGAAUUCUCAAUCAAGGGAAUGGUGCGCGCGUCCAUUCAAGCGCUUGUCAAGGCGCAAGGCAGUUGCUCCUUCAAGGCCAUGAGAGGAUUUCCAGAUCCUCCCAAGAAGAAGAUCGUCUGUGCCGGCAAGUUCUGCAUCGUGAUCAUGCUUCAGAUGGUUACGGAGCUGAACUUGAAGGGCAUCCUCACGGGGACGGUCGAACUAAGCACCGAAGUGGACUUCCAAGUCGAGGGCACCGUGCGUGUCACGAAGAGUGGUCACUCAGAUGUGGAUAUGAAGAGCCCAUCGAUCACGCACAAGGACGGCUUCGCGAUCGGAGCCAGUGCGAUGGCAUCUGCACGAGUGAGUGCCGGACCGGUUCUCACGAUAUGGCCCGUGCCGGGAAUUCCUAUCACUUUCAGGCCUAUGGUCCAUGCCGAGGCCAAAGCCCAAGGCACACUGAGCUUCAGUUCGGGCCACGGCUUGUUCUUCGUCCAGGAGUCUGAAGAUGCGUCUGACCACGCUUCCGACGGAUCUCUGUCCAACGCGAGCUUGGACACGACAUCGACGAAGCUGGAGAUGUGUGGAGCAGCCGCCCUCAACACUUAUGCCGACGUCGACAUCACGGGCUUCGCCCUGCCGGCUCUCUUCAAGCGCUUCUUCACCAGCUCCUUCAUCUUGGAUGAGAUCUCGAAGGCCCUGCUCGCGGGCGCCGCAGCCAUGGUGAAGGUCAUGACAGGGCCGGUGCAGUGUGUUCCGGGCGCCAGCGCCGUCACGAACAAGAUCCUGGCCGCGGCCCAGGCUGCCGUCUCCGCGCUGGUCGGGCUCAUCCCGAGCCUCAGCCUUGACUUGGGGCUGCCCUCGAUUCAGCUGCUGGCCCCCGAGAAGCUCUUCUGCAAGGAGGUCUACAAGACUCCCGGCUUCGACUCCGCGCCCUGCGCCGCCGAGCUUGGGUGCAAGCACGCCGGCAGGGGACCUCCCGCGGGCGAGGAGAUCCCGCCCCCAGAGCAAGUCCACAACCACGAGAGGAAGGUCUCUGCGGGCGCAUGCCCGGGUCUCGCCAUGGGAGAUCGGUUCAUUCAACUGGGCCACUGGCGCUUGGCCGACAUCGAUGGCACCCACUUGGUGCUGCAGCACAGCAACGGUGAGGUUCCGAUCGUGUGGCGGAGCGAUGGGAGAACCUUCUGGCGACCCUGGCAUCGCAACGCCAAUCGGGUGGCCUGGAACAGGGGAGUCGGGCCGUCCAAAGGGAUCUCGUUCGGCUUCCAGUUCAUCCAGAUCGGGACUUUCCGCAUCGGUGCCAAUGAUGAUAACCACUUCACAGUGUCCCAUAAACACCGGACUAGCGCCCAGAUCUGGCGGGGCCACGACCUGUCAGUUCACCACGGGAAUCACGGCUCUUACUGGGACACGUUCGACCGUGGUGAGGGGUUUCAGGCGGGCGUCACCUUCGGAGACCGGUUCAUACAGGUGGGCAAGAUGCGGUUCGGUGAAAGCGACUCGAACCACUUCACUGUCUACUUCACGCCCGCUGGCAAGACCCUGGAGAUCUUCCGAGGCCACGACGGGACUCGGCACGGCGGCAACAAUUACCACUGGAACAAACACAACGGGCUGGUCCACCGAGCCCCGGCCGACUGGACCUGUCCCGACGUCGCCGAGCUGGCCUUCGGAAAGUGCAAGCCAGAGUUCGGGCACUGGGGGGAUCGCUUUAUUCAGCUCGGGAAGUGGCGCUUGGCGGCCAUCGACGGGGGCCACUUCAGCAUCUCCCACCAGGACGGGAUCACCGCCCAGAUCUACCGUUGGGAUGGCACCCUGCACCCCGGUCCCCGUAGGGAUUGGGGCUCCUGGCACAGGCCAAUCGGGUUUCCGCACGGCAUCACCUUCGGCACCAACUUCAUCCAGAUCGGUCGGUUCCGCAUCGCAGCCAUGGACCACAACCACAUGAGCAUCUCCCACCAGUCAGGGAAUACGGCUCAGAUCUUCAGGGGGCAUGAUGGCUCCCUGCAUCCCGGGCCACGACGCGACUGGGGCGGAUGGGGGCUCCGUGCCGGGCCUGCGUCCGGCGUGACGUUCGGGGACAAGUUCAUACAGCUGGGGGAGUUCCGACUCGGUGCAGAUGACUGGCACUUGUACGUGACCCACAAGGGCUACAACAAGAGCCCUCAGAUUUUCAGGGGUGACGGCCAUCUGAUUCCCGGGACACAGCAUCACUACGCCUAUCGGGUGAAUGAUCGGUACGCGCAGUGGCAUUGUGGUGGCAUUCAGGAACUCUUGGGGAGUUGCCCGGGAAUCACAGCAGGUCACGACUUCCUGCAGAUUGGCGACUGGCGUGCCGCGCAGAUGGAUUGGUGGCACUUCUCAUUCUCGCACCGCAGCAUCCACACGCCCGUGAUCUACACGGCCGACGGUCGUGUCCACUCUGGCCCGCGAAGGGACUGGCACAGCUGGGAACGUGAGCCGCACAUCACACAUAGCAUCAAGUUCGGCGAUCGCUUCAUCCAGUUCGGCCAUUGGUGGCGCUUGGGUGAAUGGGAGCACCAUGGGCGGCAUUUUGUCCUCUCCCACCGACACAACAAAGCUCCCUUGGUCUGGCGCGAUGACGGCACGGUGCACAAUGGACCCCAUCAUGGCUGGAACUUGUUUGGGCGACCCACCGGUGCACCCACGGGCAUCGCCUUCGGACAUGGCUUCGUGCAGAUUGGGAAAUGGCGAAUUGGUGAUGUCGACGGCCAUCACUUCUCUAUCACCAAUGUUAAUGGCAAAACCGCGGAAAUCUUUACCGGCAAUGAUGGAAGGCGACACUACGGCCCACGUGGUGACUUCACCACGUUCGGCCGCAUGAUGAUGGACUGCCGCGUUGUGUAG